AUGGUUUCUUCUAGACUACUUCUUUUCCUGUCUCCAAUUUUCAUAUUAGUUGCUCUAGCCACUACCCAGCCAAGCUUCAUAUACUAUGCCUGUUCAAACGUUCAGGGUAAUUAUACCACAAAGAGUACCUACAAGGCGAACCUCAACCACGUCCUCUCAUCCAUCACCUCCAACACCGAUAUUGACAAUGGGUUUUACACUAAUGCCUCUGACGGCCAAGAACCUGACAAAGUUUAUGCAAUUGGACUUUGUCGAGGAGAUCUUAAGCAAGAUGUUUGCCGUAGUUGCCUCAAUGACUCUACAGUUGCUCUCACACAGCUUUGUCCCAAUCAGAAGGCGGCAAUAGGAUGGUAUGACAAUUGCUCGUUGCGCUUCUCAAACACCCCCAUAUUGUGCAUCGAGACCGAAAAUCCUAAUUUUACAGUUUGGAACUCAAAGAAUGUAUCGGACGUUGAUGGGUACGGUGAGGCGCUUAGGACCCUGCUAGAUACCAAGAUAAGUGAAGCUGCAUCGGGUGUUUCUCGCAAGUUUGCGACGGGAACCUCGCCCGCCCCGGACUUUAGCAAAAUACAUGUGCUUGUGCAAUGUACUCCUGAUUUAUCCCACCAAGAAUGCAGUAAAUGUUUACAAAUGAUUUCUGCUCAAAUUCCAGUCUGUUGUGUUGGGCAGGACGGUGCUAGAUAUUAUACACCCAGCUGUAAUUUUAGGUACGAGAGCUACCCUUUCUUUGACCUCACCGCUGCUCAAUUGUCACCGCCUGUGCAAGUACUCUAUCCGCCGCCGAUGAAAGGAAAGGAGAGAAACACUGGAACUGCUAUCAUCAUUGCUGUUCCGACUGUUAUUGUGAUGCUACUUAUUGUCAUUGUUUUCAUCUUUCUAAGAAUGAGGAAGCCAAGGGAUAAUUUUGAGACUGCGGAUGAAAUAACAAGUGUUGAAUCUGUGCAAUUCGAUUUCGGCACUAUCAGAGCUGCCACAGACAACUUUUCUGACGCAAACAAACUUGGGAAAGGUGGAUUUGGGCCAGUUUACAGGGGUAGGCUUUCAAACGGACAAGAGAUAGCUGUGAAAAGACUAUCAAGAAACUCUGGACAAGGAGAUGUUGAAUUUAAGAAUGAGGUCCUACUAGUGGCCAAGCUCCAACACCGGAAUUUAGUUAGGCUCCUUGGAUUCUGCUUGGAAGGAAAUGAAAGACUUCUUAUCUAUGAGUUUGUGCCUAACACAAGCCUUGAUCACUACAUAUUUGAUCCCAUGAAGCGUGCGGACUUAGAUUGGGGAAAGCGGUAUAAAAUUAUAGGUGGCGUUACUCGAGGUCUUUUAUACCUUCACGAGGAUUCGCGACUUCGAAUUAUUCAUCGCGACCUCAAAACUGGCAACAUUCUAUUAGAUGCAAAAAUGAAUCCUAAAAUUUCAGAUUUUGGUUUGGCAAGAUUAUUUGUAUCAGAUCAAACUGAAGGCAGUACAAAUAGAAUUGUGGGGACCUAUGGAUAUAUGGCUCCAGAAUAUGCAAUGUUUGGGCAAUUCUCGACAAAGUCAGAUGUCUUCAGCUUUGGUAUCCUAAUUCUGGAGAUUAUAAGUGGUCAAAAAACUACUAGUUUUCGGGACGCAGAAAACAUGGAGUACCUUCUUAGCUAUGCAUGGAGAAAUUGGAAGGAGGGGACAACUUCAAAUCUAAUGGAUCCCAUGUUAAUGAAGGCUGGUUCAAUGGCUGAAAUGAUGAGAUGCAUUCACAUCGGUCUGCUAUGUGUUCAACAAAAUGCAGCUGACAGACCAGACAUGGCUUCAGUGGUUCUCAUGCUUAAUAGCAAUUCUGUCGCUCUCCCUGUACCUACACAACCUGCAAGUUUUAUGCAGAGCAAUGGUCACUCAGCCACACCACUGCAACCGGACGUCAAUUGCGGGGGAACUAAUCACGAGGUUUCAAUUAGCGAGUUGUAUCCUAGCUCUCACAUUUGCCCUGCAAGACCCUUACAAGGGCAAACCUCAACAGCCUCCUGGCCUCCAUGUCUUCCAACACAGAAAUCGAUUACGGAGGAGACAUUUUUCCUGACGAAUGCCGCAUUUGUGUCAAUGCAUCGAGUAACAAUCUCUUACAGUAUUGUCCAAACCAGAAGGAGGCAAUCAUAUGCGAACGUGUCAGACGUAGAAGGGUUCAACCAGGUGCUAAGACCCCUGUUAGAUACGCUAAGAAACAACGCUGCAUCAGGAAGUUCUACUCGCAAGUUUGCUGUGGGAAGGGCGGCUACCCCUGGCUUCCAAACAAUACGUGCCCUUUUGAUGUGCACUCCUAAUUUGGACGAGUUGGAAUGCAGCAACUUCCUAAGGCGGGCUGUGGGAUAUAUUCCACAAUGUUGUAAUGGAAAGCAGGGCGGGAGAUAUAUAGCACCCAGCUGUGAUUUAAGGUACGAGGUAUACAGUUUCUACGACCUUGCAGCUGGGGCACCACCGCCAUCCCCACUGCCAUCGCCACCAACAUCCCUCUCAUUAGUACCACCGCUUCCACCUAUAAAAGAUAGUGUUAAAAGUGAGCAGGCCAGGGAGAGAGAUGAAAAAUAUGACAUAAUGAAGAAGAUAUUAAAAGUCAGUUCUGUCGAGCCCCUUGUUGAUGGACAUAAUAGCAAUUGCAUUACUCUUCUUCGGGCAAUGCACGAAUCUAAUUCAGAUGUAUUGACUUGCUCCUAUGAAGCAGUGGAUGAAAUCAGUAGCGGCAGCGCUGAAUCAUGGCAAUUCGACUUUGCACGAUUAAAGUUGCUAACGAGAACAUUUCUACUGCAAAUAAGCUUGGAGAAGGUGGAUUUGGGUAGAUUUCCAAAUGGACAAGAAAUAGCUGGGAAAAUGUUAUCUAGGGAAUCCGGACAAGAAAAACAAGAACUUAAGAAUGAAGUCCUAUUAGUGGCUAUGCUUCUUCAGCACCGAAAUCUGGAUUUUAAUUCUAUAAAAUAUAAAAAUAAACCAAAUCAGACAAUUAGUACUAUAUAUAUAUGCUACUUAAUUCAUAAGUUAGUUCUACACAAUAUUGGGUAUAAAAAAAAUAUUGAAUUGAUUUUCAAGGUACAAAUUUUGCCAAUGUCUAAUUUAAAUGUAUUGACUUGUUCCUCAUGUGAAGCUGUGGAUGAAAUAAUUAGUGCUGAAUCGUUGCAAUUCGACUUUCCUACAAUUAGAGUUGCUACAGAGAAUUUUUCAGAUGCAAAUAAGCUUGGGCAAGGUGGAUUUGGUGCUGUUUACAAGGGUAUGCUCUCGAAUGGACAAGAAAUAGCUGUGAAAAGGUUGUCUAGUGUUUCCGGACAAGGUGAUCAAGAAUUUAACAAUGAGGUCUUGCUAAUGGCUAAGCUUCAACACCGUAAUUUAGUCAAGCUCUUAGGUUUUUGCUUGGAAGGAAAUGAAAAGCUUCUCAUCUAUGAGCUCAUGCCUAAUGCAAGCCUCGAUCACUUUCUUUUUGAUCCAAUCAAACGUUUGCAUCUGGAUUGGGAGAAGUGUUACAAAAUCAUAGUAGGCAUUGCUCGAGGACUUCUUUAUCUUCACGAAGAUUCUCAAUUUCGUAUUAUUCAUCGUGAUCUCAAAACUAGCAACGUUUUAUUAGAUUCAGAGAUGAAUCCCAAAAUUGCGGAUUUUGGCAUGGCAAGAUUGUUUGUUCUAGAUCAAACUCAUGGAAAUACGAGAAGAAUCGUUGGAACUUAUGGAUAUAUGGCUCCAGAUUACGCAAUGCAUAAACACUUUUCAAUAAAAUCUGAUGUCUUUAGCUUCGGUGUAUUAGUUCUAGAGAUUGUGUCUGGGCAGAAAAAUAGUUAUUUCCGUAUAGGGGAAAAUUUAGAAGAUCUUCUUAGCUAUGCAUGGCGAAAUUGGAGGGAAGGCACAUCAUCAAAUCUUAUCGAUCCCACCUUGAGAGCUAUUUCAACAUCUGAAAUAAUGCGAUGCAUCCAUAUAGGAUUGCUAUGCGUUCAAGAAAAUGUAGGUGAUAGACCAACCAUGGCUUCCAUCGUUCUCAUGCUUAAUAGUCAUUCUAUCACUUUAUUGGUGCCCUCACGGCCUGCAUAUUUUAUGCACACCACCGUUGAAUCAGACAUGUCAUCAGACAAAUCAUUCCAAGCCUCAACAAAUGAGGCUUCAAUCAGUGAGUUAUAUCCUCGCUAGUGCUUAAUGGAAGUAAAAAGAAUUCUUCGUUCAAGUCUUUCGGAAAUUCACUUGAGGUCCAUUCAGCUUAAAGGGCUAUGCAACAGGAGUUGAGUGUAUUGGAUUUCAGGCCUGGACCCAUGAGUCUAUUCGAUUGCCAUUCACCAUUACCUAUACUGCCUAUAACCCGUGCUAUGGGUGAUUUUUUCAUAAAAAGUAUAUGCACUCAUGUAUGAAAUUGUUGGAAAGUUUUUGUCUAUUUAACAAUUUUAGCCACUUUAAAGUCAUUCAAAAUGUUAAAUUUUGGUCAU